AUGAUGAUGAAGAAGUCGUCCCCGAAUCGCCACCGCAAGAGCUCACGCGCAAAAAAAAAAAACAAGGGGAAGGGAAAGAAGGUUGAACCCGAAACCGUGCCAAAAUCGAGAGCAAAGGGGAGACCUUGGACGAAAGUAGAGGAGGAGGCGCUAGCAAUGGCGUUUCUUAAGUCCUCAACUUGCCCGGUAGUCGGAAACAACCAAACGGGUAGUAGUUUUUGGAAGAAGACAACGGAUAGAUUUAACGCGAUUAUGGAGCAUGGUCCGGCUCGUGAUAUCGAAUCCGUCUCGGGCAAGUGGCGUAAAAUGAGCAAGGUCAUCAAUAACUUUAACGGGAUUAAUAACCAAAUUUACCUUUCUCCUCCUAGCGGGAGUAACGACGAGGACAUUCUUAACCUUGCUAUCGCCAAGUGGGACUCUCAAAAUCCAACGCCUUUCCCGCACUUCCGAGCAUGGAACGUUGUAAGGAAAAAACAAAAAUGGAAGCCGGUUCCAAAUGAGGUCGCAACGGCCAAACGCACUAAAACUUCCGAGUCCGGAAGUUAUAGUGCGGGAGGCUCCACCGCUCGUUGUCAAAUCGACAUAAACGACGACCCGGAAUAUGACGAGGAUGCGUUGCCCGUUCACGAGUCGGAACGUCCCACCGGGAGGGACAAAGCAAAAAAAGAAGCGGCCGGAAAGCGAAAAGGGGCCGGCUCGAGUGGAGGUGGGGGCGAGAAGGCAUCGUAA